AUACUCCCCUCUCUCUAUCCCCCGCUUCACAAACUAAGCUUUCAUCUAUAGUUCAGUACUUCCAUCUCUAUCCAACUAUAAGAGAUGACUUCUUCUUCUAGGCUUCUUCUUCUUGUGCUCUUUGGUGCUUUCGUUUUCACCACUGGUGCAAGGAAGCUUGGCAGUGAGAAGGCUUCCUUUGAGGAUCAGAAAAACUUCUUUCACCACGGCGGUGGCGGGCUAGGGGGUGGAGGUGGUGGUGGUCUUGGAGGCGGUGGAGGGUUAGGCGGCGGUGCUGGUGCUGGAGGAGGAGCUGGUUUUGGUGGUGGUGCUGGAGCUGGAGCUGGUGGCGGACUUGGAGGAGGCGGCGGUGGAGGCUUUGGUGGUGGUGGCGGUGGAGGACUUGGGGGUGGAUCAGGUUUUGGCGGGGGAGCUGGUGGAGGGUUUGGGGCUGGCGGUGGUGCUGGUGGUGGAGGAGGGUUCGGAGGUGGUGGUGGUGGAGGACUUGGGGGUGGAGCAGGCGGAGGUUUCGGUGGCGGAGCAGGCGCGGGUGGCGGGCUUGGAGGUGGAUUCCCUUGAAGACGUGCACGCAUGAAGCUACAUGCACUUCCAAAACAAACAUUCAUCUUAAGUAAUUAAUUAAGUAGUAUUGUCUCCCUCUGUAAGCUUAAGCUCUUUAUGAGUUUAUGUUAGGGAGUGUUUGUUGUCGUUUGUUGUCAUCCUGAAUUAAUUUGUUUAAUUCUUGCGUCGAACAGUGAUUGAAGACACAAAGCUGAUCUUCAAAUGAAUGUUAGCCGAAUGUGCUUUAAUAUGUCCAUGCAUGCUCGCUCUACUA